UUGCUAUAGUCUGCUCCCAUUUUUUCUUGCUUGUCAGUGGCUUUAAUGUGUGGGGCAAAAGCCAGGAUGAAGCUUGUCUUUGUGGCCACCUUUGUUUUGCUGGCUCUUUCAUAUCUGGACCAGGUGGACUCAUCUGCCUAUGACAAGAUUGUGUCACAUAGCCGCAUCAGGGCAAAGAGUCAUGGGCCCAAUGUGUGUGCCCUCCAGCAAGUAAUCGGAACCAAAAAGAAGUAUUUCAGCACAUGCAGGAACUGGUACCAAAAAGCAAUCUGUGGGAAAAAAGCACUUGUUUUAUAUGAAUGCUGUCCUGGUUAUAUGAAGCUGGAUGGGAUGCAAGGCUGCCCUGCAGCUCUCCCUAUUGACACCGUUUAUGGCACAUUGGCUCUGCUGAAACUGGAUGUGACCCAGCAGUAUACUGACCUGUCCAAGAUCAAAGAGGAGAUUAAUGGAGCUGGUGUCUAUACCAUAUUUGCGCCUAGCACUGAUGCCUGGGAACAAUUAGAUGUUACUGCUAGAAACGCACUUGUGAACAACGCACAGUCAGAGUUGUACAAUGCUUUGCGUUACCACAUGGUCAACAAACGUUUACUUACCAAAGACCUGAAGAAUGAUCUAAUUCUGGAGUCAAUGUACAACAAACAAGCACUGCACAUCAACCACUAUUCCAAUGGAGUUGUGACAGUCAACUGUGCUAGGAUCAUUCAUGCAAACCAGGUGGCCACAAAUGGAGUUGUACAUGUAAUUGAUGGUGUCAUCAGUGCAGUGGGAAACAGCAUCAGGGAGGUCAUUCAAAGCAAUGAGGAACUAAGAUUGUUCAAUAAAGCUGUAAAUGCAGAAUCCAGUUUAUUGGAAAAACUUCGUAAACCUGGACACUAUACUCUAUUUGCUCCAACUAAUAAGGCUUUUGAGCAGUUGGACAGUGCCGUCCUUGAACGGAUCCUAGGUGACACGACUGUACUUCAAGCCUUUCUAAAUUAUCACCUUCUGAGCUCAGUCCAGUGCUCUGAAGCCAUUAUGACUGGCACUGCAUAUGAGACACUGGAGGGCAGUGUAGUUGAGAUUGGCUGUGAUGGUGACAGUCUAACUAUCAAUGGCAUUAAAAUGGUACUGAAGAAGGACAUCAUCACGAGCAAUGGAGUAAUUCACCUCAUUGACCAAGUGCUCAUUCCUGACUCUGCUAAGCAGGUGAUAGAACUGGUAGGUGAUUCCCAGAGAAUGUUUGGUGACAUGGUGUCUGAGAUGGGCCUGUCUGCAGCCAUGAGGCCCAAGACUGAGUACACACUCCUCGCCCCUGUCAACAGUGUUUUCACCAAGGAAAUAAUGGCUUUGGAUCAGAAUUUACUGAGGAUCAUCCUUGAAAAUCACAUCCUGAAGCUCAGGGUAACACUGAAUGAACUUUACAAUGGUCAGCUGCUGGAGACCCUCGGAGGGAGGCUGCUUAGAGUUUUUGUUUACCGCACGGCUGUGUGUAUUGAGAAUGCCUGCAUGAUUCGAGGCAGUAAAGAGGGAAGCAACGGUGCUCUUCAUCUAAUGCGCUCAUUAAUCCGAUUGCCAGAGCAGACCAUGCUGGAGCUGCUGCAGGCUGAUGGUCGUUUCACAAUAUUCCUGAAGUUGAUGGAGAAAGCAGAACUGACUGAGAUGCUAAAGCAAGAGGGAUCAUACACAAUUUUUGCUCCAACUGAUGAAGCCUUCAAGGACAUGUCAAAUGAAGACAUGGAUCUUCUCACUAGUGAUCUGAACAUUUUAAGGACAAUCCUGCUGUACCAUUUCAGCAAUGGCAUCUACAUUAAUGGAGGACUGGAAGGUGGAGUGACCAACCUGCUCAAGACCAUUCAGGGCAACAACCUUCAAGUGCUAUCUGUCAAUAACUCCAUUAAUGUGAACUCGCUAAAUGUAAAUGAUAACGAUCUCAUGGCCUCCAAUGGAGUAGUUCACGUGGUGAAGAACUUGCUCUAUCCCGCAGAUCUACCAGUAGGCCGUGAGGAUCUACUUGUUUUGCUGAGGAAGCUCAUCAAAUAUAUACAGAUAAAGUUUGUUCAUGGAUACACCUACAGGGAGAUUCCACUCUCCUUCAUUAAGAGAUUUAUCACCACUCAAAUUAUUGAAACAGGCCCUAAAUGGGAGGUUAUAGAAACUAAGCCCUUUAUUAACACAGUCAGUCAAGUAAUUGAAAGUGGCCCAAAAGUGGAAACCGUGGUUGUGGAGGGAGAUCAUGUGAUCACUGAAUUUAAGCUCACCAAGAAGAUUGAGUCCAAACCAGUGGUGAAGGAAAUGGUAAUUGAGACAGAGCCACAAAUCACCACAGUUACCAGGAUUAUUGGAACUGGAAGGGAUCCUAAUGCUGAAAGUGAGAUUAAGAAGAUUCUUAGUGAAGAUCUGACCGAGAUAAAGAAGGUGCUGGAAAGUGAGCUUCAUAUGCAACAGGAAAAAGUCAAAAAGAUGAUUGAGAGAGGUGGUGGAGAAAUCACCACUGUUACCAAAGUGAUUAGGCCAGAGCCUCAUAUUAUUGAAGGACCGGAUUUUUCAAGGAUUUCAUCCUUCAAGGAUAACCCAGAGCUCAUGAAGGAGGAAACGGAGAGAAUCGCCAAAAUUAUAAAAAAGGGUAGCUCUAAAAAAAGAGCAGCUAUCCGGAGACCACCAGCAGGAAUGAAGAGAGCAGUAAGACCUCCAAGACGUCCCUCCAAACCCAAUCAGUGAGCAUGAAAAGACACCAGAUGAUCUACUUAUUCCAACCAGCUACAUUUAGGCCACUGAUACAUUUAUAUUUCAUUUGUUUAGUUAAAGUUACUUUCAACUGAGGCAAGAAUAAAAGGCAAGCACAGAGGCAUCGGCUGAGAUGAAUUGGCUGGAAAGCACACACACACACACACACACACAAGCACACGCACACGCACAUGCACACGCACACACACACACACACACACACACACACACACACACACACACACACAUGCAAAUGAUGGUGCUUUAACUUUGAGAUGUUAUAGGAAAUUAUGCUACUUAUUGACUGGAACGUAUAUAUUUAGUGACAUUGUUUCUUUAGGUUGAGCCUUAAUUGUUUUUCUCUGUAUAUAUAUAUAUAUAUAUAUAUAUAUAUAUAUAUAUAUAUAUAUAUAUAUAUAUAUAUAUAUAUAUAUAUAUAAUUUCAAAAUGAUAAACCCUUGAUUGAAACAGUUCACACACCCUUUUAAAGUCAUUUAAAGGGGACUGAAAUGAUUGUCAUAAUUACCAAAAGACAUUUUAAAGUGAAAUUUCUAUAUAUUCAAAGUGUGUGAAAAGUGGUCAAGCAAUUCAUAAAGUGUUGCAUGUUUGUUAUUUUGUGGUACUGCAUUUCACUCCGAUCCAAGGUGCUGCCUGUUUUCAUGCUUCAUACAUUUGAUUUAGUGUUGUGCUUUCACACUAAUUGUUCUUUAAUGUGACUUUUCAUCCAUUCAGUCAUUUGUAAAAUGUUGUCUAAAGCAGAUUGUGUGUGUGUGUGUGUGUGUGUCUCAUUCAUGCACACUGUUCAAACUCAGUAGCAUUCUUCUCUUCUUACCUCCUAUCUUACCCUACUGCCUGUUUGAUAAAUUGCUUAAUAAAAUUGAUUAUAAAAGUGA